ACGAAAAGGUGACGUGAAUUUUCUGCUAAAAAAGAUUUCAAAGGAAAACAAAAUUAGUUCGUAAAAUUUUAGUACACCUAAAUUAAUUUUUUCAAUAACGAGUAAAUAAUUAUACCUAAUUCAUUGUGUUAUCUAAUAAUAAUAUGUACUAAAGUAAAUCGUAAAAUUUUAUUUCGUGGGCUUCUACCUAUAAAAUAGUGCUCAAAAUGGUUGAUUUUUUGCAGACAAUAAUAUGUAUUUAAAUUAUUUGUUUAUUAAAAGACACAGUUGUGAAGCACUAACAAAUAUUGGGAAAUAUUCUGACAUUCACAAUUUUAUUAUUUAAUAUAUGACCCUAGGCUAAUAUUUUGGAUGUACCAAAACUUGUAUUUAAUUAUUAAGAACUAAAAGAUGUGCUUUAACGUAGUAAAAAAUUUUGAGUUUUAUUUAUGUGCACUCGAAAUCGUAAGAAACUAAGUUUUCAAAGCUAAAUUAAAAAAAAAGAUAAAAUUUUUGUGAUAAUUGUUUUUUAAGCUCUGUGAGCAAAAUAAAUUAAGUCUGACUUUAAAAACUCUAAAAGCAGAAAAUAGUACUUACCAAAAAUGUCUAAUAUAACAAACGAAACACCUGAUGGUACUCCAAUUAUAGAUCGCAACCCACAGUUAUCUAACUUUUUUGCUGCAAAUAAGAGCCACUUUUAUCAAAAUUCAGAAAAUGGUAACGGUUAUAGUCAAAAUGAUAAAUUUGAAUCUUCUGCGAUUGAUUCAAAAAAACUGAUGCCUCAUAAUCUAAUACCAAAGCAAAAUAUGGAGUUUGUUCCCUUGGAUCAGUCAUUUAGAAAUCCACCUGAUUGUGAAGAUUUAUGCCAAAAUCAUGCUGAUAAAUCAAUAAAUUUAGAGUCAUCAUCUUUAAUGAAAUUAAAAACAUACUUAUUGGCUUUGAGACCGUGGUCAAUAUCUGGAAGUCUGGUUCCAACAAUUUUAGGAUCUGCUUUAGCAUAUCGUUCCGAGUGGUCAUCAAGUUUUAAUUUUAUAAUAUUUUUAUUAACAAUUCUUACUGUCGUUACUGUGCAUUGUGCUGGCAAUGUUGUUAAUACGUACUUUGAUUUUGUAAAGGGUAUUGACAAUCGUAAAUCAGACGAUAGAACCUUAGUUGAUCACAUUUUGACAAAAGAUGAGGUUGUGUCAUUAGGCGCAAUAUUAUACAUGGCUGGCUGCAUUGGUUUUAUAUGUUUAGCAAUUAUAAGCCCUGCUAAAAUGGAACAUUUAGCUUUAAUAUAUUUUGGUGGUUUAUCGUCAUCUUUUCUUUAUACGGGUGGGAUUGGUUUUAAAUAUAUUGCCUUAGGCGAUUUAGCAAUACUAAUAUUAUUUGGCCCAUUAUCCGUAUUAUUUGCUUUCAUGUCACAAACUGGCCACGUUGAUUGGACGACCAUAUACUUUGCAAUACCGUUGGCACUUAAUUCCGAAGCUAUACUGCAUAGCAAUAACACACGAGACGCUGAGAACGAUAAACGUGCUGGUAUUGUAACUUUAGCAAUACUGAUAGGUCGAACAGCUUCUCAUGUAUUAUAUGCGUUAUUAUUAUUUACGCCUUAUAGCAUAUUUGUUGUAUUAGCUGUAAAAUUUUCAUUUUGGUUCGUUCUUCCACUAAUAACAUUACCACAAGCUUUCAAGAUUGAAAAAUUAUUUCGUUGUGAAAUAACAAUGAGUCAAGUUCCACAACAAACGGCUAAAUUAAAUUUUUUUUUUGGUAUUUUAUAUGUUGUGGCUUGUUGUUGUGCACAGAGUUUGCCAACGUUUAACAAUGGAAAAAAUUGAAAUAUAAUAAAAAAGUUCAUAUGAACUGUUGUAAAUUUUGUUUUUUUUUUUUUAAUAUUAAAGGAAAUGCAUAAUACAUAUUAUAUCAUCUUAAAUUGAAAAAAAUAUACAUACCUGCCGUAAGUACAUGUAAAUAUAUUUAUAUAAUUUUGGCUUAAAGAACCAAAAUAAUUUAAAAUUUAUUUAUUGUUUAUUUUAAGUUGAAAUGUUUUUAAUUAUUGUUUUUAUAAGAGAGAAGUACAAUAAAUACUUUAAAAAUU